AUGUCGCUCAAAGACGCCGAAGCCUUCCCUGACGACGACAAGCCAUUGCUCCCAACGAUACAGCAACCCUCACCAAACGAGAAGGACGCUCCGCCAAAGCCCCGCACUCCCGGCGAUGUGUUUGUAGACGGAGUCACCCACGUCGCUGCAUUUUUCGCGACCAACAGCGAAGGCGCGGACGCAGCCGACGACGGCAAGGCCGCACUGGCAGCGGCAGGCCUCAUUCUCAAGUUUCUCGUACGACGAAUCAUCCAGACGGUUCGGAGACUCGGACGGCCCAAGGGCAAGACCGUCGCCGCGUCGCUUGUUGGCCUCUUGGUGUUCGGCCUGUGCAGUGCUUGGCUGAUUGCCCUCGGGACCUACCUCCACAGGUACGACGGCUUCUGGAAGAACCCAGUAUGGACGCCAUACGAGUACGAGGGAGCCGAUGCAUUGUCACAUCAGAUGGCAGUCGCCCUGCCCCAACCUCCGUUAGAAAACGUGGACAGCUACACGGGCAGAUCAGUUAGUUGGUACUGGCAUACUGAAGACUGGCUCCGUACGCCCGACUACAUCUUCCGUGAAUCCGUUGCGAGGCUUGAGAAUGGUUAUUAUACCCCGCGACUUGGUAGCCCGAAGCAAAAGGAGAAACUUGUUCAGCACGAGUGCUCGAGCCUGGCAGCAGACGACGGGCUCACCACCACGAGCCGCUGCGUCGUUAAGCUUGACCAGCAUCUCGGUCUUGACGUGACUGGCUUUGGCCACACCGUCCUCACGAUCUCGUAUGCGACGGAAGCCAUCAAGCCCAAUACGGUCAUCGUCACGACCCAUACACCAAUGGGGCGGUUACGUGCCGGCGCGCGUGUGAAUCUCACCAGCAGUGCUGGGGGUGCAACGAUGGCGAUUAAAGGAUCGGCAAUCCGGGGUGCAUACGCUAUCAACAUCCAGGUCCCGUCCAAAUCGCGCGGCCUGUUCUCGCUCUCGAUACGGUCUGACGCAGGCCUCAACAUCACUGCCGGGAGCGAUACCCCUCCCGUUGGACGACUCCUCGCGCGGGCGACGGACAACAUCGACAUCGGCCCGCUGGUGACCUACCAACUCGGACUGUUGUCACUCUCUGGUUCAAUUACAGCGCGAGGCGUUCAAUUUGCGCGCCGUAUCAACCUCGAUGGCAGGCACGGAGUGAUCGCCAACAUCUCCCAGGCGUACUGGCCCACGCCCAUUUCAUACACCUUCACCGACAUCGACCGCACCUUCACACGUAAACUCGUCGAGGCGGCGUAUGCCUUCGUGCCUUUCUGGGCCGACGUUUCGACCCGUAUAAACGGCAACAGCAAGGCUUCGUCGGUGGUUGUUCGCAGUAAUCGCGACAUUCGGCUCGUCUACGACCAACAUCAAGCCAUGGCCGGGUAUAUCGAGCUCAACGGUGCUCUCGACGUGGUCUUUUCCACCGGGGCAAAGUUCGUGUCGCGCUUCACUGCGGCGACGGCCAUUCCCAAGGAACAUCUGGCCAAGAACAGCCUCGCCCCAAGGGUCGCACUCAGCGUGAACAGCGAGGGGCAGGUAUCUGAGAUUGCCCGUCAAAAGGCAACCAGGCCGAGGGAGUCGCGUAACGGCGUGCCCCAACGACUGUCCGUCGUCGACCCAUGGUCGUCCAGCGUGUCUGGUAAAGUGACGACGGACAGCGAGCCACACCACGCCUUUGAAUCAUUCGUUCACGCGCGCUCGCUCAAUGGUUCGGUGGUGAUGGAGUUUGGUGAUGGCCCCGAGGACAUCGAGCUUGAUCUUAAGUGA